AUGGAGCAUAUGGAGACACACAAUAAAACAGCAAUAGUUACAUUUAUCCUUCUGGGAUUUGGCAAUGCUCCUGGAUUUCAGAUUCUUUUCUUCCUAAUUUUCCUAAUAAUCUACAGUGUGACCAUGGCUGGAAACAUCAUCAUCACCAUGUUAGUAAUCACGGAUCAUCACCUUCACAUCCCCAUGUACUUCUUUCUUGGAAACUUGUCCUGUUUGGAGACCUUCUACACUUCAACCCUUCUCCCUAGAAUGUUGACCAGUUUCCUGACAGGAGACAGAACCAUUUCUGUUGGGGGCUGUUUAUCCCAGUUUUACUUUUUUGGCAUACUUGGGAUUGCUGAAUGUUACCUACUAGCAUCAAUGUCCUAUGAUCGUUAUUUGGCAAUAUGCAAGCCCCUCCAAUAUGCAGCUCUCAUGAACAAAAGACUCUGCUUUCUGUUGUCAGCUGUAUCUUGGCUUUGGGGGAUAACAGUUAUGACUUUAGUGAUAAGUUUGCUAUCACAGCUGAAAUACUGUGGCCCCCCUGAAAUUAAUCAUUUCUUUUGUGAUUUCUCGCCAGUGAUUAAUUUAUCAUGCAGUGACACAACUCUGGUGACACUGGUGGGCCUCACAUUAUCUUUCUUAAAUACUGUUCCUUCUUGUCUUCUGACCCUGCUGUCUUACAUUUGUAUAAUUGCCGCCAUCAUACGAAUCCCAUCUUCAGCUGGGAGGAAAAAGGCCUUUUCCACCUGUUCUUCCCACCUCAUUGUAGUUUCCAUAUUCUAUGGUUCAUUGAUAUUUGUAUAUGUGUUACCACAGAAAGAAGCUAUGAGAGAAGUGGACAAGAUCUUCUCAGUCUUCUACACAGUCUUAACUCCUCUAAUUAAUCCCCUUAUCUAUAGUUUGAGAAACAAAGAGAUAAAAAAAGCUUUAAGGAGAGCUGUAAACAAGUAUGGGAUUUUCAAGUGA